UUUAUGCCAUUAUAUAGUUAAUUUAUUAUUUUCAUUCAGCUCAAACAUAAAAUGUCCAUACAGUUUCCACGGCCAGCACCAUGGAGGAACAACAAUAUGACCCUACCCCAAAAAGAAAAUCCACUGUCAGAGCAAGGGGAGACCAUAAUAGGUGUCUAUCUUCUAUGUCUAGGAUGGAUGUCAUGGUUUGGAAACAGUAUUGUCAUUUUUAUCUUGUACAAGCAGAGGAACAGUUUGCUGCCCACAGAUUAUCUGACAUUUAACCUGGCGGUUUCAGAUGCCAGUAUUUCUGUGUUUGGCUACUCGAGAGGCAUCAUAGAUAUCUUUAAUGUUUUUAGAGAUGACGGCUUUCUCAUUACCUCAAUAUGGACCUGCCAGGUGGAUGGAUUUCUCACUCUUCUCUUUGGUCUGGCCAGUAUAAAUACACUUACUCUUAUUAGCGUAACUCGCUAUAUUAAAGGCUGUCAUCCACAAAGAGCAAACUGCAUUAGCAAUGGAAGCAUUACAAUAUCAUUGGUGCUGAUCUGGAUUGCAGCAUUGUUCUGGUCAGUGGCUCCUUUACUAGGCUGGGGAAGCUAUAGAGAUCGCAUGUAUGGAACUUGUGAAAUUGACUGGACCAAAGCCAGUUUCUCCACAAUAUUCAAAUCAUAUAUUGUGUCCAUUUUUAUCUGCUGUUUUUUCUUACCGGUAUUGGUCAUGGUAUUCUGCUAUGUUUCUAUUAUUAACACUGUAAAGUCAAGCCGUGCUUUAACUACGGAAGGCAAUUUAUCAGAAAGACAAAGGAAGAUGGAAAGAGACGUAACUAGGGUGUCGAUCGUGAUUUGCACAGCCUUCAUCAUUGCUUGGUCUCCAUAUGCUGUUAUAUCUAUGUGGUCUGCGAGUGGAUAUUAUGUGCCCAGUCUUACUAGCAUACUAGCAAGCCUUUUCGCUAAAUCUGCCAGUUUUUACAAUCCCUUGAUCUACUUUGGGAUGAGCUCCAAGUUCAGAAAGGAUAUAGCUAUCUUGCUUCCAUGCACACAGAAGAGCGGCAAGGACCCAGUGCGACUAAAACGUUUUAAACGUCUAAAGCACAAACAAGAACCUGGUCGCCAAUGUCGGCAUGACAAAUGCAUUGAAAGUCCAGAAGGACAAGUAGCCCCAAGUCAAGACUCUGGGGUGGGAAGCCCCAGCAAUUCCCCUCCACUCUACAACUGUCAUUUAGACAUAGCACCAGAAAACCCUAGUUAUCAAUGUGAUCGUUUGUAAAUUUCUAUAACUUAUCGUAUUUUCCUAAAAUGUAUCACUUUUCUUAAGCCAAAAGUAAUGUAAUGCAUGCUAUUUGGAUGUAUGUUUUCCUAUAAUAUUGAACUAGAUUCCUGUGUUAUUUAUUGAUAGGCAGAGUACACGCCUGCCUUAUGAUGAUGAACAAUAUGCUUGCCUUUAUACCAAAUAAGACACACAGCAAACAGGAAAUAUUCACAAAUCAAGUAUUAAGAAGUAAAAGAUUUCUUUAUUUGAAUUAACCUAGUUGUGUAUUUCAAAAAAUAAUAAAUA